AUGUCAAAUGCAGUCCAAGUUUCAGGAAUUAGAGUUGGAGAUGUGUUUCAUGAUUGGAUAUCUAGUCUCAAGUGCCGCCAUCUUUGCUGUAUGGCAAUAUACUUGGCUUCUGUUGCUUUCCUUAUAGCUCUGGUCAACUUACAGUUGGUUAAUCCUUUGAGAAUUGCCCAUAAAGUAGUCCAAUUGCCGUCUCCGUACAAUAAGCAGUCGGCAGUCGGUGGUGCAGGUGGCGGGCCCGGCGCUGGAACGACGAGUAUACCCUUACCUGCCACCGUAGCCGCCACCAGGAGGUGUCCUCCAGACAAGGUUAGGCCGGCUCCGACGCCGACGCAUCAAUCACAACUUGGUGGUCUGAAGCACGGAAAUGGAGGCAUAGGUAGCGCCAGUAGCUCUAGAAGUACAAGUCCAAGUCAGCAACAGUCACCCCAAAGUGGACUCUCCUUUAUUCCUCAACCUAGAAGUCAAAAUUCAACGAACAGACAACCGGUAGCUACAACCCCAAGCCCUCGAACGUCGACAGUGGGGAAACCCAGUAGCGUAAGGACUGCUCAAUCUUCACCGUACACCACCACGGGAGCACCGACCCAGCAGAACAAGAACUCCGUCUUAGAUAAAUUCAAGCUUUUCAAUAACAAGGAAAAGAAUCAAGAUCGCGGGAAAGCUUCGUCCGGCGUGUCGAAACGUACGUCCAGUUCCUCAGGCUUUUCCUCGGCGAGAUCGGAACACUCCGAUAGCUCGACGUCCCUGUGCGACCAGAGUAAGCUGCAAGUGGAAUCACCCAAGAGCCGAGCGUUGAAAUCGAAGUUGCAAUCGACCAAGCCGGCGAAGCAGGCCAGCCCAAAGACCGUGAGGAAAGAACAGAGCAAAGCUCAAAGUAAAAUAGCACGGACGAAGGGUGCGCCUGACAAGUUAGUCGGCUACAAUCCACCCUUGGAAGAUGUCAAACCGACCAGUAAACUCGCUGGCGUGGGGACGAAGUUGGCCAUGGACAAAAAGUCCUCGAAUCUGCACGAUUUGCUGAAGCAACAGCCGGCCAGUCAGUUGCAAAAGCCGAAUCCUUCCGUGUUGGUGGCCCCCAAACAAAUAGCUCCGCAGGAUACAAAGAACUUUGGCAGUUUGAAGAACGAGACGAAGCAGCAGUCACCGAGGCCGAAAAUGGAACUGCCAGGCAAAAUACCUGACACGAAGGUCCACCUGCAAAACAUGAAAGUCCCGCCAAAUGGAUUGAACAAAGAUGUCCUGGCACAGAAGGGACUAUUGAAUAACGCCAACGGUAUGAUCAAGCAAACCGAUCACGAGGAAAUGGUGAUCAUCAAUGAGAAUAGCUGUAUGAUGGAUCAUACGUUGUCUAUGAACCAGGCGAAUUUAUGCGACCAGAAGGCGACGAUAGAGAAGCGAAAAGAGAUAGGCGAAAAUGUAUUAACGAAUAAUCAGAUGGUGAUGGUAGAGAAUAUGAGUAGCCCGUCGAAGCAGCAAAAUACAAGCUUCCCUAUGAAAGGUAGAAUACCGAAUGAAGUUCAAGAGGUAGAACGGACAAAUGGAAAGCAAACACCUCCCGUUUCACCUCGUAACAGCCCAGAAGUAACGAUGGAUGUCAAAAUGACGAGUAUCCAAGAGAGCUCUAUAGUUCCUGCAGCGAACGUUGCUCCUCACACAAACGUUACUCCUCAUGGGCAGGUCUCGAAUGCGUUGAAUUUUGGACCGAACAAGCAGCCUUUGAUACUCGGCAGUCCACUGCAAGGUUCAACUUUAAGUGCUUCCGGGAGCCCAAGUUCCAGCAUUCCAAAGCCCACGGCCUUGGUGAAAGGCACCUCGAAGCCACCGAAGGAAAACAACAUACCGGGCGUACCGACGCCCACAAAAUUAAAGGCAGACGCUUUGCAUCGUAAGCUCGAUCCGAAUACGGUUGCAAUGGUGUCACCGAUGCCAAGUAUUUCUGAUCUGAUGUCCGAGAGCUCGCAUAGUAAUUCUAAUAGCACCGGUCAGAGUAAUUCCAGCGACAGUAGCGUUAUUUAUAGGCCCAGCAGCGAGAGCGGCAGUGAAAUAAAAACCAUACCCAAUAGAAAAAUUGAUACAACCUUCGAACACAUGGAGAAGGUUCUGAGUGAAAGUUCAACGUGUGGAGGCUCUAUGGGUGACGACGAAGCGGAGAUGACAGUGAAGCCCAUGCAGCCUCUACUUCGCGGUUACACACCGGGUGCAAGGGCCCUUCAGACUUUGCCAAGCAGAACAACCGCGCGACAGUAUACGAUUCUUCAUUCUUCUUCUCAUCAUCAUGUCGGUCACGAUUACGCGGACAUCGACGUCGCCUCCGGUUAUCUCAGCGAUGGGGAAGUUCUUCGUGGUGGGAUGACCGUCGGUAGUAGAACUCUAUCCGACUUAUGCGAUGGUUACAUGUCCGAGGGCGGUGCUUCGUUGUACGCACGUAGAAUCAAUCCGUCUUACGGCCACGAUCACGAGAGAUACGUGGGUGGUUCGAGGCGAGAGUUGUCAGGGGUGAAAGAACUGGUGACCUCGAGGAGGGUGCAGAAGAGACCCUCGGCAAACGUUGUAAGGUCGGAUGGAGGUUGCAUCGGGAGCAGUCCAGGAAGCGGCGGCGUCAUCGCGGGCGGCCUGCUAGGCGGUUGCAGCGGUGGCAACGACGCCUUAGCAGAGUUAACCAUCGAGGACCUGGCAUCUAUUCCCGCCGGAAAUCACACCUCCGCCAAUCACACAGGCCAUUCCUCUCAUCACAAGAGGGUGCCGGGUGGUGGAGGCGUGAUUGUGGGGGGUGGCAGUAAUUCGGCCACCCCCCAAGGUGCACAGCAGGGUAGCAACCUGGUAUACCGCGUGGUGAGCUCCAGACAUCCUGGCAGCGGCCAUCAUCCGCAUGUGAAAAAGUCGGACAGUUCUCAGCAAACGGACAACUCGGCGUUCAAACACCAGCAACAGCCAGGCUUGAACAGCUCGACGAACUGCAGCUCAAACAGCCAGCAAUGGAAAAAAUAUAUCGAGGCUGGAGCUGCGAGGGAUCGGGAGAGAGACAAGGAGGGCGCACCUCCGAGUCCUAGUCCCUCCAGGCGAUCCCAGGAUAAACAUCGGAAACAGGCCAUGGCUGAAUAUGCGAACGGAGAAAAACCGCAGAAAGUUUCAUCGGGAACAUCGACGAGCGGCAGCAGUAAAGUUAGAGGCGUACCUCAGAGUUUUGGAUAUGUUAAGAGACACAGCGCUGGUACUAGUCCCAGUCCCAACGGAGUUCAAAAUGGUGGCAAAGAUUCUACGCGAACUGCCCAAGUUAGCGCAGUUCCAAGAACAAAGGUUAAAGUGUCUGGCGGUACUCAAACCUGUACCACUGAACUUCAGGCUAACUCUUCCUCAUCCAAUCAGGGACAUCAUUAUAAGAGUUACAGCCUCACGGGCCCGAGUGCUAGCCAACUUUCUCAAUCAGUGCGAGAUCGCCUUAUGCUCGGAUCGCAGAGUUUACCAAAACCUGGUAGCCCAGAAUUCACGGCCCUAUUCGCAUCCGCGCACCAUCGUGAAAGAGGAUCCGGUGCAGGACCAACCACCACUUCCUUCUCGCCACGGGUGCUCAAACCUUCGGAUGGAAGUCUCAGUGAUACGUGCAGCAAUUACGCUGCACCUGAUCUUCAAGGAUAUUAUACUCCCAAUAGUCCCUAUACUACAUCCUGGAUGAGACAUAGCAAUACAUACACACCAAGUGGACGUUCCCAAGGAAUGGGAUUAUGCGAGGCUGACAGUGUAGAGUCAUUAGGAUCACAUAGAGCCAGUUUAACUCACGCUCGCUUGUUAAUACAUCAAAGAGAUUCUACAGGAUCCCCGGCUCCACCGAGGCUGAACAGAAGCAAUUCCAUUAGGUCCACGAAAAGCGAGAAAAUGUAUCCGUCAAUGUUAGCUAGAGGAAGUGGAGCAUCAUCCUCUGUCGGCGAGGAAGUCGGUGUCGGAAUAGGAAUGGGCGUAGGCGUUGAACCAUAUUACAGUGUUCCUGUAGGAUCUACUGGGUGUACAGGACAACACUGGUCUCAGCCGACAUCUCCAACGCCUACACACACUUCUCGACAGCCACCUAAUCUCUAUCAACACGUGCAUAAGGAUGAUGAUAUCCAUGGUUCUUCUGUAUCUUUGGUAUCGACAGCAAGCAGUCUCUACAGUUCAGCUGAGGAGAAACAGGCACACGAGCUGAGAAAAUUACGACGGGAACUCGUGGACGCUCAAGAGAAGGUCCACUCGUUGACUAGCCAGCUGUCGACAAAUGCUCACGUGGUAUCAGCUUUCGAGCAAUCUUUGUCCAAUAUGACACAACGUCUGCAGCAACUUACUGCAACAGCCGAAAAGAAAGACUCUGAGCUUCAAGAGUUAAGGGAAACGAUUGAGAGGCUUCGAAAGCAGAGUGCUGAGGCUGGUUUAAAUAACGGGCCACCAGCAAACAACGGCCGCCGUCACACCCUUGGUGAUUCCGAUUCCGGGACGACAGGCUGCACAGGGAACAGUAACCACCAAGGUGCUUCGAUGGCGAGACAAUUGUCCGCGGACAGCGUUACCUCGUUAAAUUCGUUAAGCAGUGCUUGUUCAGCCAGUAGUCAUCACAAAAAGAAGGGUUGGCUUCGCAGCUCCUUCUCAAAGGCUUUCUCUAGAUCACGAAAGAAUAGGCAUGGUUCCGUUUCGGAUGCUGAAGAUUGCAAGGAGAGUGCGGGUGGCGACCUCAGUGCACCGAACAGCCCUAGGCUGCCAAGCGCCUCCAAACACGAUUCUCCUCGAGGUCAAGGUGCUAGAAGUAACGGACAGAAGUCUCCCGAAGUCGAGAAUCCAUUGACUGGAAGCAAAAGUAGUUCGGCUUUGUACAAAAAGGAGGACGAAGACGUGGUGGAACUGAAGAAACAGCUCAGGGAAAAAGAUCUUGUAUUGACAGAUAUCAGACUUGAAGCUCUUUCCUCGGCACAUCAGUUGGAAUCAUUGAAAGACACUGUUAUUAAAAUGAGGAAUGAGAUGCUUAAUUUAAAGCAAAAUAAUGAACGUCUGCAGAGACUGGUAACAUCAAAAUCCUUAACAUCCUCUCAGUCUUCGCUGCCAAGUGAUCCAGACAGACGCUUCAGUAUGACGGAAGUAGCUUCCACAGUUGCUGCACUUUCAAACGGCGAUACUAGUACAACAGCAGACCAGUUAGAAGAUUUAAAUGUACCGGAACAUCCAGUGGUCCCAUCAACUACCACAACCACGGGAGAACCAGCUUUGGAACAAGAUACAGAUGGAAAACGAAUUAACGUUGCUAUUUAUCUAGGCAGCGAGAAAAAUUUCAACUAUAAUCUCGUAACUGGAAGUACUACGGAUGGCAAUAUCGGUGAACCUCCACAUUGUACCAUCGCGAGUGUUUGCAUUAGCAAUAAAACUACAUGGGACUCCCUUGAUUCUACUGUAAGACGUUGCUUCAAGGAAUAUGUUUCGAGAGUUGAUCCUGUGACAAACUUGGGUCUGGGAGUCGAAUGCGUUGCUGCUUAUCACCUUGGUGAAGCUUCUAGAUGCACUACGGAUUCCCAGCAUCCAGAACUGCUUCCAUGCGGUUAUCUGAUCGGUCAUGUGAAAACCAUUUAUUUGGUACUUUCCGGUUACUCGUGGCUUGCAGUGGACACACUAAUACCACGAUCGAUUGUGCAACGAUUGAUAUCUCUACUAACCGAACAUCGCAGGGUCAUUCUGUGCGGGCCCAGUGGUACUGGCAAGAGCUAUUUAGCUGGAAAAUUAGCUCAUGCCUUAGUUGAUGCUGAUAAUGAUACGAAAGAUGCUACAGCGGUAGCCACGUUUAAUGUGGAUCACAAAUCGAGUAAAGAACUCAGGCAAUAUCUCGCACAUAUCGCCGAAAGAUGCGAUUCAAAUGCAGCUGAUGAAUUACCAAGGGUAAUCAUCCUUGAAAAUUUGCAACAUGCUGCAUCCUUGGGAGAAUUAUUCAGUGGUCUGCUUGGUACUAGACACUCAUCUUGUCCAGCUAUUAUUGGCACUAUGAGUCAAGCCACUUGUAGUACCACGAAUCUUCAAUUACAUCACAAUUUUAGGUGGGUACUUUGCGCUAAUCACAUGGAACCAGUUAAAGGAUUUUUAGGUCGUUAUCUCAGGCGAAAACUCUUAGAGCACGAGUUACGCGAGUGUGGCGGAACAAGAAAUGCGGAAAUGGCAGCAGUUGUCGAAUGGUUACCACGGGUGUGGCUACAUCUCAACAAGUUCCUAGAAACCCAUAGCAGCUCCGAUGUGACAAUAGGACCGCGACUAUUUCUGUCCUGUCCGAUGGAAGUAACGGGUUCUCAAGUAUGGUUUACGGACUUAUGGAACUAUUCUGUAGUACCAUACCUGGUAGAAGCAGUCAGAGAAGGUUUAACACUUUACGGUAGACGCGUGAGUGGUAAUGGAAAUGGUGAUUCCUCCUGGGAAGAUCCAGCUCAAUUUAUCACCUCGAGUUACCCCUGGAUUUCGACGCAUGCUGUACAUGGUGGUAGUGAUGCUCUUCUUCGUUUACGGCCCGAAGACGUUGGCUAUGAUGUUGUUACAUCUGGACACACAUCUGGUGUUGGAGCAUCAAGUGUGAAAAGUCUCGGUAGCACACACAGUGACACAGAAGGCGAUCCACUACUGAAUAUGUUGAUGAGGUUACAGGAAGCAGCCAAUUAUUCGAGUCCUCACAGCAACGACAGUGACUCGGUUACCUCCCUUGACUCAUCGCACACUCGACACUCCGAAGAUUUAAGUUCAUCGACAUCUUCGUCAAGAGGCGUAGAAUCAGCGCUUUAAUUCAACAAUUCUACCGUCAUUAAUGAAAAUGAAAUACAACCUCUGAAUGUAAUCGUGCAUCAGGCCAGUUUGUAAUACCCAGUUUAAAAAAUAACAAUUUAUACCUA